AUGGUGGUGGUGGGGGGGGUGGGGGUGGGGGGGUGGGGGGGUGGUGUGUGGUUUUUUGGGGUGGGUGGGGUGUUGUUUUUGUGGUUGUGUGGUUGGGUGGGUGUGGGGUUUGGUGUGGUGGGGUGUUGUGUGUUUGUUUUGGGGUGUAGGGGGUUGUGGUUGGUGUUUUGUGUGUGGGGUGUAUGUUUUGUGAUUGUGGGGGGUGGUGGGUUUGGUUGUUGUGUUUUGUGGUUGUGUGUGGUGGUUUUUGUUAUGUAUUGGAUUGUGUUGGGGGUUUUUGGGUGUUUGUUUUGGAUGUGUGAUAUAUGGGGGUUUUUAUUUUGUUUAUAUGUUGUGGGGUUGUGUUUGGGGGGGGUGGUUUGGGGGUUGGUUGUUUGUGUGGGGGUGGGGUUUGAGUGGUUGUUUUUUUGUUGGUUUGUUGGUUGGGGGUUGUUUGUUUGGGGGUUGUGGUUGUUGUGUAUUGUGAGGUUGGGGGGGGGUGUUAUGUGGGUGGGUUGGGGUUAUUUGUUAUGUGGUUUAGUUGGUUGUGUUUUUAGGGUGGUGGUGGUUAUGGGGUGUUUGUUUAUUUGUUUUUUGAGUGGGUUGGUUGUGGGGGGGUUGGGGGGUUUUAUGGAUGUGGGGGUUUUGGUGUUGGUUUGGUGGGGGGUUUGGAUUUUGGUGGGGUGUUGUUGGGGGGUUUGGGUUUGGUGUUUUGUGGUUGGUGUUUUUGGGUGGGGGUGUUGGUGUGGUGGGAGUUUUUUGGUUGUGGGUGGGUGGGGGUGUGGGAUUUGUGUUGGGGGUGGGGGGAGGGUUUUGGGGGGGGGGGGUGGAUUUUUUGGGUGUUGGUGGGGGGGUGGUUGGGGUUGGGGGGGGGGGGGGGGGGGGUUGUGGGGGUGGUGUGGGUUGUUUGUGUUUUUGUUUUAUGGUGUUGUUGAGUUUGUUUUUGUUUUUGUGUAUUGUUUGGUUGUUUUGGGUGUGGGGGGUGGUGGGGGGGUGGUGUUUUGUUUGGGGGUGUGUGGGGGGGGGGUGGGGGUGGGUGGGUGUGGGUUUUGUGUGGGGGGUUUGGUGUGUGGUUGGUUGGGUGGUGUGGGGGGGGUGGGUGUGUGGGGGCGGGGUGGGGUGGGUUGUUGGGUGUUUGUGGGGUGGGGUGGGUGGUGGUUGGGUUGGGUUUGUGUGUGUGUGGGUUGGUGGGGUGGGGGGUGGGUGGGGUGGGGGGGGGGUUGGUUUGGUGGUUUGUUGUUUUGGUUAGUGUUUGGUUUUGUGUUGGGUGAUGUUUUGGGUGGGUUGGGUGGUUGUUUGGGGGUGUGGGGUGGUGGUUUUGGUGGGGUUGGGUUGGGGGGGGGGGGGGGGGUGAUGGUGGUUGGUUGUUGUUGUGGGGGUUGGGUUUGGUGGGGGUUGGGGUGGGUGUGGGUGGGGUUUGGGGUGUGUGGGUGGGUGGGUUUGGGUUGGUGGUGUUGGGGUGGGUGUGUGUGUUUGAGUGUUUGGGUGUGA